AUGGAUUCGGUGUCCUCGGCCCGGGGACCAACGUUUCCUUCUUCAUCAGUUAUAACCGAGCCCCAGGUAGCCUCACUACCUGCUCCUGAUUCGAAUGUUUCCGAGGGAGAGAGGAAUGUAGUCCAGGGUGAGGAGGAGGUGUGGAUAGACUGCGACGGCGACGUCGGAGAGCGAGGGUCCACGGCCCAAGCGCCGGCGGACGCCGCCGCAGACGGCGCGCAGGCGCAGGCGCCGGAACCGGUAGCGCCUGCGGCUGUGCAGCCGCCGGCGGCCGCGCAGCCCGUGCCUCGGCACCAGUUGCGCCCGAGACAACCACUAUACACGGUCGUUUUACUUCGAUACAUCCCACAUACGCAUCUCGUCCAACUUAGAACGGUAAAAGACUUAGGUAUUAACUCUCAACAAGUGCCAAGAACUUUGAUCGACCGCUACAAGCACCUGAGGGGCCUACGGGAGGCCACGUAUGACACCGCCACGCCUCGAGUGCUCAUCGGAUCGGACAACUGGCACAUGAUAUUACCGCUUGAGACCCGAGUCGGAGCAAGAAAUGAACCCGCAGCAGUUAAGAUAGAUCUUGGCUGGGUAAUAUAUGGACGCGCGCCGCAGACCCCGCGACGAGCUGAACGAGUGCUACACCUCUCACAAGCGAGCGAACGAGACAGUGAGUUGAACAAACAAUUGCAGCGAUAUUUUGAAAUUGACUCGCUCGGUAUAAAGCUGAUUGAUAAGGUGCGCCCGCAGGACGAGCGAGCACAAAGGUUGUUCAACGAUACUGUAAAGCAAGUGAGUACACCAGAAGGCCCAAGAUACGAAGUAGGGCAACUAUGGCGUGAUGAUGACCCUAGACUACCGCCUAGCUACAAUAUGGCUCUAACGAGACUGCGCGGAAUAGAACGGAGGUUGGAUAGGGACCCGAGCUUCGCCGCGAAAUACACCGCCCAAGUGGAUAAUUUACUGAACAAGGGGUACGCCGAGAGAGUAAGUGAACCAGGCCCAGAUCCAGGGUCAUACUAUCUCCCUCACUUUUCUGUCACUAAUCCGAACAAACCAAAGAAGAUCCGUCUGGUCUUUGAUGCCGCAGCAUUAAAUCAAGGACAGAGCCUGAACGACUUCAUUCUUGAAGGACCGGAUAUGUUACAAUCACUUAUCGGCAUAAUGUUACGCUUCAGGGAAGGUGCAUUUGCUGUGACUGCAGAUGUAGAAGAGAUGUUCCUGAGAGUCCAGAUCCGUGAAGAAGACAGAAACUCGCAGAUGUUCCUGUGGCGAGCGGCGCGCCGAAGCGGCGCCCCUGAUGUGUACAGAAUGAAGUCAAUGGUGUUUGGAAUCGCGAGCUCACCAUUCCUCGCACAUUCGGUAAGAAAUUACAAUGCUUACGCUCAGGAGAACCGCUACCCGAGGGCCCUAGAAGACAUAGUAAGGAACCACUAUAUGGACGAUUACGUUUCUAGUUAUGAAAACGAAGCAGAUGCUAUUGCAUGCGCCGAAGAGGUCUCCGCUUGCCACCAGCAGGCUGGAUUUCAUCUCCGUGGGUGGUCUAGUAACUCGGCACUUCUCAUAGAACGGAUCCCAGAGGAGCUACGAGCCGACACACACACACCCGCGCCGAUCGGCGACAAGGAACAGAAGGUAUUGGGUCUAACCUGGGAUGCAAGAACGGACCAUCUCGGCUUCAACACGACCAUGAUCAGAGUCCCAAGAGAGGUGAAGGAGCUUAAAAGGGCUCCGACGAAAAGAGAGACUCUAAGCGCAGUAAUGAGUAUUUAUGAUCCGUUGGGAAUAAUCUCAUAUUUCUCAAUUACAGUAAAGAUCCAGCUACAGCGACUCUGGAGCCUGGGUUUGGAUUGGAACGCUCCGCUGCCACCAGACGAGUGCGAGGAGUUCCAGACAUGGCUGCGAGCGCUGGAACACGUCGGUGGACUGCGCAUCCCCCGCCACUACGGACCUAUGGAAAUGGUGAGACGAACCCUCCAUAUUUUUGUUGACGCGUCCUCACAAGCAUACGCAGCGGUCGCUUAUUGGCGUAUCGAAAGACGAGGGGAGGUCUACGUCACCCUGAUCGCGGCAAAGGCUAAAGUGGGGCCAACACGAUCCAUUUCGAUACCACGAGCGGAGCUACAGUCGGCCUUGAUCGGAGCUCGACUGAAGAAGACUAUUCUAGAACAACACAGGUACGAGGUAGCGGAAGUCGUCAUGUGGUCUGACAGCCGAACGACACUCCACUGGGUAAGAGAAAACGCUCGCCGCUACAGCGCCUAUGUCUCGCACCGCCUGGGCGAGAUCGCCGAGCUCACGGAACCAGAACAGUGGCGUUGGGUGCCGACACGCCAGAACGUUGCAGAUGACGCCACUCGAGCGGACAGUACACGUGAGUUUGACAUAACACACAGAUGGUUCCAAGGACCCGCCUUCUUACGGCUACCAGCAACAGAAUGGCCACAAGAACCAUCUUACCAGCCAGAACCAGAGCUAGAAGUACUGGAGGUCAAACAAUGCCUUGCGAGCCGCGAGGCUGCCUCGCCACCGCUGCCAGAUGUAAGCCGGUUUUCAAGUUACGACCGUUUACUGGGAGCCACUGCACGAAUGUUGCAAUUUAUUGACAUUCUAAAAUCUAAAACUAAGAUGAGCUUACAAACCAAACAUAUACUGGCCGCUGAACGUUUACUAUUGCAGAGAGCGCAGAACGAGGACUUCGCCGACGAGCUCCGGAGCCUCCGCCGCGGCGAGCCUCUGACCAAAGGCAGCGCGCUCUUCGAGCUGGACCCCGAGCUCGCAGCCGACAACGUGCUCCGCAUGCGGGGGCGCAUCGAUGCCGCGCCCGUGCCUAUCAACAAGAGGCCGGCCAUUCUACACGGACGUAACCGGUUGGCCAGACUUAUUAUAUUUAGAAUGCAUAGAAGAGCGGCGCACGCUAACAAUGAACGCGUUGUAAACGAUGUUAGACAAGAAUAUUGGAUAUUGCGCCUAAGACCGACUGUGCGUGCGAUCGCUAGCGCUUGUCAACUCUGUCGAAUUAGAAGAGCGAAUCCACGCGCCCCGCCUAUGGGAGAUUUGCCGCUGUCGCGCAUAGAGCCAUUUUGUAGACCCUUUACGAACACUGGUGUAGAUCUAUUCGGUCACAUUACAGUUACCAUCGGGAGGCGACACGAGAAGCGCUGGGUGGCGCUCUACACCUGCCUGACGACCCGGGCGGUGCACCUGGAGCUGGUGCACUCCCUCAGCACUGACUCCGCCAUCAUGUCACUUCGCCGCAUGGCCGCGCGGCGGGGCUGGCCCCGCACGAUGUGGAGCGACAACGGAACUAAUUUCCGUGGCGCUACGGCGGAGCUACGGGCUGCCUACGAAGAAUGGCUGCCCGCACUGCAGCAGUACGGCCUGCAGUAUCGCAUGGACUGGCGGUUCAUUCCCCCCGGUGCCCCGAACCAAGGCGGCGCCUGGGAGCGGAUGGUCCGCUCUGUGAAGACUGCUCUCAUGGCCACGCUACACUCGCGAGCGCCCAAGGAAGAGGUGCUUGCGACUUUACUGGCCGAGGCCGAGGCGUGCGUCAACGCUCGGCCUCUCACACAUGUCUCGGUUGAUCCACGCGAUCCCGAGGCGCUGACACCGAACCAUUUCCUGCUCAACGGCCCCACGGGGACCCCUCUCACUGGUCCCUGUGGCGAGGUCAACCGACGGGCCUGGAAAGUCAGCCAGGCACUCGCUGACUCCUUCUGGCGUCGCUGGGUGCGCGAGAUCCUACCCACCCUCGCCCCGCGACGAUCCUCAGCGACGGGCGAGCGGCCACUAGCGGUCGGCGACCUAGUCAUCGUCGUCGACCCCUCACUGCCACGCAACGUAUGGCCACGCGGCGUGGUCGAACGAGUCUACCCGGGACCAGACGGCGGCGUUCGCAGCGCGGAGGUGCGGACCAAGGGCGGCGUCUUCCGAAGACCCACUACCAGGCUGGCUGUCUUGCCGGUCGAUCCAGAGUCGACAUAG